GCGAAGCAAUGUUGGAAGCAGCCGCUGCGAGAUAAAAAUGGAAAUUAAUAGUCCUGUGGCUAAUGGAAUACCAGACAAUUUUGAAACAAUUACGGCCAGAGAGGUUAAGGAGUACAGAAUAGCUUAUGGUCACUAUCUUCCACCAACGCAAAUCCUGCGCCUCCUGGAGCCACGCGCUUAUUUUGCAGGUUUAAUUUGGGAGCUUGAGGAGCUGCUGAAAGACAGGGGCUCCAAAUAUCAUUGUAAUGAUAACAGCUUCUGUGCAAAGAAUUUGGAUGUGGAAGCUGAACAAAUGAGACUUUCAGAAAAAGAAUUUGAUUUACACACAAUCAAGCAGCUGUUUUUACAACAGCAAAAAGGAACAAGAAUUGUUUCUGACAGGCAGUCACAUACAUCUAGCACCCUAGAACCCACAAGUUCUUCUGUAUCAGAGGUUCGGGAUACAGAUUCAGUGCAAACUUUCAUAAACUUGAACUGUCAGCAAAACAAUAAGUCUGCACACCCCUAUUUAACAGGAGGGGUAGAGAGUUGUGAUGAAAUCACAAAGCAUGACGAAGAACAGCAUACUGUUGUUCAGAGAGAUGCCUUCUCAGACAGUCUGGAAUGUCGGAAAGAAGCACCACAGGAAUGCAUACAGCAGGCUAGCAUCUCAGGUUUUCAUAAUAGGUGUAAUGAAUAUAUCUAUAACAAAAAGGCGACUGAAGAUACAGAGGUUUCCAGAUCCCUGAAUGAAUAUACUGACAAUUUACAACAGGAUUCUGCUGUAAAUGAAGAAGAAACUAAUGAGCAACAGAACUUUCAAAACAGUGUAGAGAAGGGCCAGUUAAUAUCGUUGGUCGUAUGUGGCAAAGACGACAUCAAUGGAUCAUCUACCACUUCUGAAUUCUCAGAAGAUUCUACAAGAACAGAUGUUUCAUUUUUAAUCCAGGAGAUUUAUGAGGAACCCAUUCUACAACUCAGUGCUCCACCUUAUAAUAUGCUACAGCAUUCAACAUAA